AUGGCUUCGCUCUACCAGAGAUUCACAGGCAAGAUCAACACCUCUCGGUCUUUCCCGAUACCCCCCGAGGCAAGUCAUCUUCUAGGCGGCCAGGGCACUGAGGAAGAAAGCAGUGGGGCUGGGGGUAAGCCCCCCAGGCCCCCAGCGCCGUCGGCACCCCAAGACCAUGGCGCAGGCGGCCGGCCCCGGUUCCAGUACCAGCCCCGGAAUGACUGUGAAGAGGAAGAUGAGCUGGUGGGAAGUAAUCCUCCACAAAGGAAUUGGAAAGGAAUUGCGAUUGCUUUGCUCGUCAUCCUGGUGAUCUGCUCCUUGAUUGUCACCUCGGUUAUUCUUCUCACCCCAGCUGAAGAUAACAGCCUAUCACAAAAGAGAAAGGUAACAGUUGAAGAUCUAUUCAGUCCAGACUUCAAAAUUCAUGAUCCAGAAGCUAAAUGGAUAAGUGAUAAAGAAUUCAUCUACAGAGAACAGAAAGGAACUGUGAUGUUGCAGAAUGUUGAGACAAAUAAUUCUACUGUAUUAAUAGAAAGCAAAAAAAUUGAAUCAUUAAAAGCUGUUCGAUAUGAAGUGUCUCCAGAUCAAGAGUAUGCCCUUUUCUCCUAUAACGUGGAACCGAUUUAUCAACACUCAUAUACUGGAUAUUAUUUCCUGAGCAAAAUUCCUUUUGGAGAUCCUCAAAGUUUGGAUCCUCCAGAAGUCAGCAAUGCAAAGCUCCAGUAUGCAGGGUGGGGCCCUAAAGGUCAACAGCUGAUAUUUAUCUUUGAGAAUAACAUCUACUACUGUGCACACGUGGGGAAACAAGCAAUCCGGGUGGUCUCUACAGGGAAAGAAGGUGUCAUUUACAAUGGUCUCAGUGACUGGCUCUAUGAAGAGGAGAUUUUAAAGACUCACAUUGCGCACUGGUGGUCUCCAGAUGGGACUAGGUUAGCCUAUGCCACAAUCAAUGAUUCCCGAGUGCCGGUCAUGGACCUGCCCACCUACACUGGCGCUGUCUACCCCACUGUUAAGCCUUAUCAUUAUCCCAAGGCUGGAUGUGAAAAUCCAAGCAUUUCCUUACAUGUCAUCGGCUUAAAUGGACCUACCCAUGAUCUGGAAAUGACACCACCAGAUGAUCCAAGGAUGAGGGACUAUUAUAUAACCAUGGUGAAGUGGGCAACGAGUACCAAAGUAGCAGUGAACUGGCUGAACCGAGCCCAGAAUGUAUCUAUCCUCACACUCUGCGAUGCCACCACUGGGGUUUGCACAAAGAAACAUGAGGAUGAAAGUGAAGCUUGGCUGCACAGACAGAAUGAAGAGCCCAUCUUCUCCAAAGAUGGCCGAAAGUUUUUCUUUGUCAGAGCCAUUCCCCAGGGAGGACGAGGAAAAUUCUACCAUAUUGGCAUGGCUUCUUCCCAGCCCAACAGCAGCAACGACAACCUCCAGUCCAUCACCUCAGGGGACUGGGAUGUGACCAAGAUUCUGGCCUAUGAUGAGAAGAGAAACAAAAUUUAUUUCCUCAGCACAGAGGAUGAACCCAGAAGAAGACACCUAUACAGUGCUGACACUGAAGGCACCUACAAUAGGCAGUGCCUCUCCUGUGAAUUGAUUGAAAAUUGUACUUGCUUCAGUGCGUCCUUCAGUCACAACAUGGACUACUUCUUGCUGAAGUGUGAAGGUCCCAGAGUCCCCAUGGUGACAGUCCACAAUACUACUGACAAAAAAAAAAUCUUUGAGCUGGAAGUAAAUGCCCACGUACAGAAGACUAUUAGUGACCGGCAGAUGCCUAAAAUUGAAUACAAAAGUAUUGAGAUCGAAGAUUACAACUUGCCAAUGCAGAUCUUAAAGCCGGCCACCUUCACUGAUACUGCCCACUAUCCUCUGCUCCUGGUAGUGGAUGGCACACCAGGGAGCCAGAGUGUGACUGAAAAAUUUGAGGUCAACUGGGAAACCGUCAUGGUCAGCAGUCACGGCGCCAUCGUGGUGAAGUUUGACGGUCGUGGUAGCGGGUUCCAAGGCACCAAGCUCCUCCAUGAAGUGAAGAGAAAACUGGGCUCCCUGGAAGAGAAAGACCAAAUGAAGGCUGUGGGGACAAUGUUGAAGGAACCCUACAUUGACAAGACACGUGUUGCUGUGUUUGGGAAGGAUUAUGGUGGGUACCUGAGUACUUACAUUCUUCCAACAAAAGUGGAAAAUCAAGGUCAAAGUCAAGGUCCAGUUUUCACCUGUGGCUGUGCUCUCUCCCCCAUAACGGACUUCAAAUACUAUGCUUCUGCAUUUUCUGAAAGAUAUUUGGGCCUCCUUGGAAUUGACAACAGAGCUUAUGAGAUGACCAGAUUAGCCCAUCGAGUGUCAUCCCUGGAAGAACAGCAGUUCUUGAUCAUCCAUGCAACUGCCGAUGAAAAAAUCCAUUUCCAACAUACAGCAGAGCUCAUUGCACAUCUAAUUAGAGGAAAGGCUAAUUACAGCUUGCAGAUCUACCCAGAUGAAAGCCAUUACCUUCACAGCUCCUCCCUGGAGCAACACCUCUACCAAUCCAUCAUCAACUUCUUUGUGGAGUGUUUCAGGAUUCAGGACAAACUGCCCACAGUCACAAUGAAAGAAGAAGAGGAGGAGGACUAAGUGUGCCCCCACCGAGCACAAAAGUGGUUCUUUCUAUCUAACAAUAUGCAACUGCGAAGUGUCCUCCCUCCCGCCCCCUCCCCUUGCCAUUCCCCCAGGGGAGGAGCUGGG